ACCACCAACCAUUCCCAUGUUGUUACGCUGUAUCCAUAUGAAUGACCCACCCUGUACAAAGUCCUUAUUUAAUGUGUGCAAGGUGACGAGAGGAAAUGGGGCAAACGUGAGAAUGAAGAAAAGGGCGAAUGCAUUACAACAGAAUGAGAAUGAGGACACCCCUCUAACCCUACGUUAUGGAAAAGCACCUUUUAUGGUUCACCUCCCUUCCAGGCUGCUAUUUGAUUCAAAUGGUUAAGGACUUUCAACUCUGAAUACAAACAACUGUGUUGCUGUUUAACUAGUCGUCAAAGCAAAGUCCACGUCUGUGGAGUGAGCAGAGCACCGUCACUGCACGUCUACUCAGAGUUUCGGGAACUUUGCAUUCAGCCAAAACAAAGUGUCCAGUAUGGAGCUGUGUCCUUCUCCUUUAGGCCUGGAAAAAGAAUGUGCAACUCUUUUUACCACUGACUCCCUCCACUUCCUGCAUGAGCUGAUUUCCACAUUUGAUGAGGAGGUGGACGAGAUUCUACAGCUGAGAGUGUCUAAAAAGGCCCAGCUGGAUCUCACAGGUGAUCUGCCAAGCUUCCUGGAAAGUACCAGACACAUCAGGAGAGACCCAGACUGGAAGGUCCUUCCCGUCCCCUCAAGGCUCCAAAAGAGACAUGUAGAUAUUGGAGACUUGGCACCCUGCGAUACUGAGCACUUCAUUAAAGCUCUUCUGUCACCAGCACAAGGCAUACAGGUUGACUUUGAUGAUGGAAACUGCCCGACGUAUUACAACCAGAUCAAAGGCAUUUACAAUGUUUUUAAAGCAGUGCAUAACCUGUUUCCCAAUGUUCCACAUGUAUCUCAGGCUCCCGUGCUGAUGCUGCGUCCCCGUGCGUGGAAUAUGGUGGAGCACAACAUGAUGGUGGAGGGGAAAGAAGCUCCUGGCCCGCUCUUUGACUUUGGGCUCCUCAUGUUUCACUGUGGAAAGGCACUGUUCGAACACAAGAGUGGACCCUUUUUCUACCUGUCCAAAGUGGAGGGCUACAUGGAGGCCAGACUCUGGAACAAAAUAUUUGUUUGGACACAGCAGAAGCUGGGUCUUCCUCUGGGCAGCAUCAAGGCCACAGUGCUGAUUGAAAAUGUGUUAGCAGCCUUUGAGAUGGAGGAGAUUCUCUAUGAGCUGCAAGAGCAUUCAGCAGGACUCAACUGUGGCAUCUGGGAUUACUCAGCCUCCUUUGUCAAUAAGUUUGGUCAUCGACCAGCCUUCCUGCUGCCUGACCGCCAUAAAUACGUGAACAUGGAGAAGCAUUUUCUGCGCAGCUACAUGGAUCUGUUGGUUAAGACAUGUCAUCGGCGAGGAGCACUGGCCACUGGAGGCAUGGCUGCCCUGCUGCUGCCUGAAGACCCACUCAGUGACACCUACAGGAGAGUGUUGGCUUCUGUCACAAGGUUGAAGUUAUUAGAGAUUACUGCAGGUGUGGAUGGUUUCAUGGUAUAUGACCUAAAUUUGGUUGAGCCCAUGCAGAAACUCUUCAAGGGCCACACCGAAGGAGAUAACCAGCUUGACCAGCUCCGAAAUGACGUGACUGUAUUUCCUGAAGACUUGCUAUCCAUGCCUUCAGGAGGAGUCACGCUUAAUGGUUUGAAGUAUAACAUUGCAGUUGGUGUGCUCUUUAUUAAUGCUUGGCUAUCAGGUAAAGGCCACUUCUUCUACAAAGGCCAGGUUGAAGAUUCUGCCACAGCAGAAAUUUCUAGAUCGCAGGUGUGGCAGUGGGUCCGUCAUCAGACCCGGCUGGAGGACGAUGGCAGGGUGGUGAGCAGGCAGCUGGUGACUGACCUCAUCAAGGAGCUCAUCAUGGACCUCAGUCCCCACUGUGGCUCUGUUAGACAGAGGUUACACACAGCAGCAAACAUGUUCCAGGAGGUGAUCGCAAAGAGACAUUUUCCAGACUUCAUCACUACCUACCUGAACCAGGACCACACCUUCCUCAGCUCCCAGAACGCUGAACCCAUGCAAGCUCUGGACAAAGACCUGAGGCGAUCGAAACUGUGAAGCUGUGGCACUAUAUACCUCUGUGUGUGCUGGGGGGGAUAGACACAUCUGACAGCUCAGAUAUUUAAACCCUACUUGAGACUGUCCUUUAAUGGGUCACUGAACCACUAUUACCAGAUGUUUCAGGUCAAACCAUUAUGAGCUAUCGAGGUCAUCAGAUGCAAGAUGUGAGUGGGGGUUGAGGCACCUGGGAAGGGAUCUCAGAGCUGUAGUGUAGGUGGCACAUGGUGUUAUAAGCCCCCCUCUGUUUAAAGAUGGCUGUUCAUUAGGUUAUCUAAGUUCUUUUGUUUAUUAGAUUCCCCUUGUGCUUUCAACCCCUGUGGUAAGUCUCCUUUGUCCUUUAUGUGUUUCAUGUCUGCAUGUCUUGUGUUGUCAAGUUCAUGUUGUCGUGUCUGCGUCUCAUUAUGUUUCCUGUU